GUCCCGUAGCUGUUAGCUUCAGUUAGCUUGCCGCGGGUUGCUGGUGUCCGGUCGCUGCUGCGGAUAAACCGACUUCUCUAACUCUCGGUGAACCGGACAGCGGCGGCGGCGUCUGUGGCUCCUGAACCCCCGGAAACCUGCCUUCCCUCCCCGGCCCCUCGAGGAGAUGACUCCACCGCGGACGGCCUGAAAGCGGAGUUUGUGUCGUUGAACCCGAACUGAACCGAGGACUCCGGCGCCAUGAGGAGUCGCAGUAACUCGGGCGUGAAGCUGGACAACUACGCCCGGAUGGUCCAGCAGACUAUCCUGAAGCACCAGGAUCCGGUGACGGGUCUCCUGCCGGGCAGCCCGGAUCAGCCGGACGCGUGGGUGCGAGACAACGUUUACAGCGUCUUGUCUGUGUGGGCCCUCAGUCUCGCCUACAGGAAGAACGCAGACAGAGAUGAAGACAAGGCCAAGGCCUACGAGCUGGAGCAGAGUGUGGUAAAGCUGAUGAGAGGUGUCCUGCAGUGUAUCAUGCGGCAGCUGGAUAAGGUGGAGAAGUUUAAAUACAGCAGAAGCACCUCAGACUCCCUCCACGCCAAGUACAACACCAGGACCUGCGCUCCAGUGGUCGGAGACGACGAGUGGGGUCACCUGCAGGUGGACGCCACCUCACUCUUCCUGUUCUUCCUCGCCCAGAUGACCGCGUCUGGCCUUCACAUCGUCUACACUCAGGAUGAAGUGGACGUCGUUCAGAAUCUCAUGUUCUACAUCGAGGCAGCUUAUAAAGUGGCGGAUUACGGGAUGUGGGAAAGAGGAGACAAAACCAACCAGGGCAUCACUGAGAUUAACGUCAGCUCUAUAGGCAUGGCCAAGGCAGCUCUGGAGGCGUUGGACGACCUCAACCUGUUCGGAGCAAAAGGAGGACCUGGAUCUGUGGUCCACGCCUUAGCUGACGACAUACAGCACUGCCAGUCCAUCCUGACCUCCAUGUUACCCCAAGCGUCCAUCUCUAAAGAGGUGGACGCCGGAGUCCUGUCCAUCAUCUCGUACCCUGCGUUUGCUGUCGAGGACAUAAACAUCGUCAACAUGACCAAGGAGGAGAUCAUCUCCAAACUCCAGGGUCGAUACGGCUGCUGCAGGUUCCUCAGGGAUGGACACAAAACACCUAAAGAGGAUCCGAGCAGACUGUAUUACGAGUCCGCAGAACUGAAGCUGUUCGAGAACAUCGAGUGCGAGUGGCCGCUCUUCUGGACCUACCUCAUUCUGGACGGUAUUUUUAUCAACAGCCCAGAACAGGUGCAGGAGUACCAGGAGGCUCUGGAGGGAAUCCUCAUCAAACAGAAAGACGGGUUACGUCUGGUCCCAGAGCUCUACAGCGUCCCCGCAGAUAAGGUGGAGGAGGAGAACAUGAACCCUCACUCUGUGGAGAGAGUUUCUGCCGGUAAAUGUCCUCUGAAGUGGGGACAGUCUCUGUACAUCCUGGGAAACCUUUUGUCUGAGGGUUUUCUUGCUCCUGGAGAGAUCGACCCUCUGAACCGCCGUUUCUCCACCAUCCCUAAGCCUGAUGUGGUCGUACAGGUGUCAAUUCUGGCCGAGACCGAGGAGAUUAAAGAGCUGCUGUUGAAGAACGGUAUCGACGUUCAGACGGUGGCCGACAUCCAUCCCAUCCACGUGCAGCCCCCCAAAGUCCUGAGCCACAUUUACGCCCGACUCGGACGUAACCCGAGGCUCGGCCUGACCGGACGACCCUACAGGAGGAUCGGAGUGUUGGGAACCUCAAAGUUCUACAUCAUCAGGAACACCAUGUUCUCAUUCACUCCGCAGUUCAUCGAUCACCAGCAGUUCUACCUGGCGUUGGACAACAAGAUGAUCGUGGAGAUGUUGAGGACAGAAAUCUCCUACCUCUCAUCCAGGUGGAGGAUGACUGGACGACCCACUGUCACGUUUCCCAUUUCACAGACGAUGCUGACUGAAGACCACACAAACCUGGACCCUGCCGUCUUGGCCACACUGAAGAAGUUACAGGACGGGUACUAUGGAGGAGCGAGGAUCCAGACGGGGAAGCUGUCGGAAUUCUUGACCACUUCCUGUUUCGCCCACCUGAGUUUCCUGGACGGUAAGGGUCCCGUCAGCAUGGGCCACCACAGCGAAGGGUUUGAUGAUGCGAGUAGCGACGAUGGAUACGUGCAUGAGUUACGUUAUGAUGAUGGUAAGCAACCGCUUGAUGGAAUGGUGGCACCAGCCGUGGAAAGAUAUUCCUUUAUUUAAUAACUUCAACUGCCA